AUGGACGAACUGCACACCGAGAUUAAUAAUCUUAAAGCAGUCAAACGAGAUUCUAAGUCCCUAACGCAUUUCGCUACGACAAUAGCCUGUUAUGUAAGUGACAUGGAAGAUAAUAUUGGGUGCCCUGUGCUGGAGUCAGUUGAAGCGUCGUUCCUCAUGUCCCAGCUUCUGUCCAAACUCGAUCCAAGUGACAAUUCAGAUUUUGGUAGAGAAAUGAAAAGAGAAGGAAAAGAAGAAACCGUGAGCAAUCUAAUCACCUGGUUACAUCAAGAAGCGAGUAUUCGUUCCCGAGGGAAAGCGAACACCAACACAGUGGAAAGAAACGAAAUUCGCCGAGACAAAAGUCCCAAAAAGACAGAAAAUAACGCCGCUAACAGCGAGGAUUCUGACGAUGAAACAUUUCCUCUUGGCUGUAAGACCAAACAUCACCUGGCUGCAUGUCCUAAGUUUCAGAUUCUAACAGUCAAUCAAAGGUGGGAGGUUGUAAAGCAACAUUGGCGAUGUCGCAAGUGUCUGAGAGCGCAUCACACAAACGAUUGCAAGAAACCAGACGGCUCAACCUGCGACAAAUGCAGAAAAAACCAUCACCGGUGCCUACAUAAUGAGAAGACUGGAGAAACUAACACAAGUUUGAAUCCCAAAGCACCACCGUUUCAAAGUCAGUUCCAAGGGCCCACACCUACAUCGAAUGGUAACAUCCAGGGGAAUGCUGUGUACCAGAAAAGCAAGUUGAAACCUGUUACUGGACUUUGCCCUGUGCAAAAAGUUAAAGUCAUGGACAAAAAUGAAAACUUUGUCGAAGUUCUCGCCAUGUUGGACUCCGGGUCUAACACAAGCCUACUCUCCAAAAGUGCAGCUGGUCGACUUGGCUUAAAUGGAGCAGCAACACGUCUCACUAUGAAUCUGGCGGGUGGAAAGAAGAAAAGCGAACCUUCUGAGAUAAUCGAUGUCACGGUUGCCUCGCCCUCUGACGAGGAUAUUACGAAGACCCUUCAAGUGUAUACCGUAACUAGACCUUGCAGUAGUGCCAAAACAAUUUCUAAGGAGUCAUGUCCGGAGAACCUGGAGAGCCCAUCGGGAAAAGAAACUGUUUUGGAUGGUACGUUCUGGGACAGUUCGAGUCAAGCGGCUCCACUCUCUGAAAUUCAGUCAAUAGAAGUAGGGACAGUGAGUGUCGAGGAAGAUAUCAAGAAACUUCUGCACCAAGACCUCCUUGGAGUCAAACCAACCAAACUCUGUACUUGCACUGAAAACGUGUUACGUGAGAGCAAGUUCGUGAAGUCCCUCGCAGCUUCAACUACCUUGGUCGACGGGAGAAUACAAGUGAAGAUGCCCUGGAAAGAAGGAGGGCCUCCAAAACGAAGCAACUACGACAUCGCUCUGAAGAGGAUGCUCUCCGCUGAAAGGGGGUUUAUGAAAAAGGGUUGCUUCGAGGUCGUAAAAGAGGAAGUGCAAAAGUUGUUAGACCAGAACUUUAUCACAAUGAUUCCACCUGAACAAAUUGCUCAUGAUAAACCCGAAUGGUACCUCCCAUUGCAAGCAGUGUUUACGCCAGAAAGAACCACAAAAGUUCGACUAGUCUUUGAUUCAUCUUCAAAAGGUCAUGAUGGAUUGUCCCUCAACGAUUACCUUGAGAAAGGACCUAACUUCAUCAAUAGUCUUCUGGAUGUACUGGCAGCAUGGCGAUGGGACGAAGUGGCGUUCACUGGUGACGUUCGUAAAAUGUUCAACCAAAUCCUGGUACAUCCUGAGGAUCAGGUGUACCACAGGUUUCUUUGGAGGAGCAACACACGUGACAAACCAACUGUUUACCAGUGGCUAAGACUGAACUUUGGUGAUAAACCGGCCCCUGACGUCGCAACUAAUGCUAUCAACACGCUAGCCAAGCUUUCGAACGCAGAAUUCCCGGAAGCUGCAGGAGAAAUCCGACAGCAUGUGUACGUGGAUGACAUCGGUGGCUCCAGAGAAACAGUAACCAAGGCAAAGCAGAUUAUCAGCCACAUCGACGCUGUCCUCGCGAAAGGCAACUUCCAGAUCAAAACUUGGCAUUCCAAUGAGGCAGAAAUCGACCAAUCCAACGGUGAACGGUUCACGGAUCUUCUCGGCCUAAGCUGGGAUAAACAGCUAGACACGUUCACCUUCAAAAAGAAUGACCUCGGAGAACUGGAUGUCCUGACAAAGAGGCGCUGUUUAGGUCUUGUUGGUCAGUUAUGGGACCCCAUCGGUCUUGUGCUGCCCGUUGCAAUCAAGUUCAGAAUUGACCUGCAAGGAUUAUGGAGUUCAGGUUACAGCUGGGACGACAUCCUUCCCGAGAGUAUUCAGCAAACAUGGUUAGAGAAUGUCCAGUCCAUAAAUGAUCUCCUGUCAUUUCAGUUUGACCGCAAGCUAAAACCAAACAACGCAGUGGGCGUGCCUCAAAUUCACAGAUUCUCCGAUGGUGGUGAGCAGGCUUAUGGUGCGGUCAUCUUCCUGCGGUGGAAACUUGCUGGCGGAGACUAUCGUAGUGUUCCAGUCACGAUAAAGGCUUUCGUCGCACCUCUGAAGAAGAAGAGCAUCCCGAGAUUAGAACUGUUGGGCUGUUUAGCACUUGCACGCAUGUACGUUACAUGUGUAAAAGCAUUGGAGUUCGCAAAAGCCCAGGACUGGGAAAGAUUCUUCUGGAUCGGUUCAUCAACCGUUUUGUCCUGGAUCAGAACGCCACCACGGGAAUUCAGGCCUUUCGUAUCUGCCAGAGUGGCUGAAAUUCAAGAGACGAUUGGGGCAGACCAAAUACGCUACAUCAAGUCUAACAACAACCCCGCAGAUGCUCUAACGAGAGGAAUCCAUCUUAAUCAUCUCACUUCACUUAAAAACUCCUUCUGGCUUUACAAAACAGUUCUAUUUAAACCUAACGUACAUACUUAG